AUGGAAGAAAAAACGGUAACAGUGUGUGGUGAAAUGGUGCGUUCUCUGGAUGCCAACGGAAAAGAAAUGGUGAUUCGGAGAGAAGUUUCUGUGACGGAGAGCCGAGAAUCAAUGGAUUUGUCGAGUCUAAAAGUGGAAAUUCAUAAUUCUGAAGAUUCGGAAAAACCAUCGAUGACGUCUGUGGAGAGCAUUGAACUCCCAUCCAAGGACUCACUGGACUCCCCGUCAGGCUCGACAUCUCGCGCCGGCUCGUCGGUGUCGGCAACCGCGAGUCCGAUGCAUCGAAAUACGACGUCGCAGCACGGUGGGCUGUUCGUUUCGGCGCCCGGAAAGAUUAUUUUGUUCGGAGAGCAUGCUGUCGUUUAUGGAAGGACAGCCAUCGCUGGCUCAAUCGACCUGCGUACCUACGUCUCUCUGUACACCUCAGCCGACGGUCGUAUCUAUCUAAGUCUUCCUGACUUGGGUGUCGAGAAGACGUGGAUGUUGAAGGAUUUGUUAAAAGCGGCGGAUCGUUUGGCUGCCGAGUACCCGAUUGAGGAGGAUCAACCGCCAUCUCUUGAGAUUUUGGUUCCAAUCGCCAGGAAAUUAUCGGGAUCGUGUGAGGAUCAGUGCGGAGUGCAGCAUUUGGCAAUACUCGCGUUCUGGUAUCUAUUGCUCGGUGUUGCUCAUCGUAAAAGUGGUCUCGCCCGUCUCGCCCGCGGCCUCCCACCGCCCCCGCUUCCCGAAGGCCUCCACCGUACGAAUCUGUCGGUGAUGACGUCAUCACGAGUCAACGAUUCGGAUAAAUCAGAAGCGGAAAUCGCUUUGAGCCUCCCUGUCCCUCCACUGACUCCACUUCCAUCGCCAGGAGCUCAAUCGACGGCUCCACCGGCGUUCCCCACGUCCACACCGACGCCUUCAUCGACGCCAACGCCAGUGGCUGGCGGGAAUUUGUUGCCGGGAGGAAUCAGAGCUGAUAGUCCGGCUGUUACACAAGACUUGCUUGCGGUCAAAGCGACCGUCCGUUUCAAGCUGCCAAGUUGUGUGGGAUUGGGCUCAUCUGGAGCGUAUUGUGUAUGCAUUGCCACGUCACUUCUCCAGACGGCUGGACUCAUUCCGCCGCCGAGUAUUGUGGCCGACGAAACGGGAAACCUGACAUGGGAAGAGGAGCAUUUGGAUAUGAUUCGAAAGUGGGCGACGGCCGCCGAAUCCCUUAUCCAUGGACGUGCAUCGGGUCUAGACGCUGCUGUCUGCACUUUUGGCAGCCACUAUCGUGAUUACGGAUAUCAGAGUUUUACGCAUCUCGGUCAUGUCGGAUGCUAUGGAGGAGUCGCCAGCUUCAAGCCAGGACACCGAAUUGAGCACUUGAAGAAACUGAAAAUGACACAAAAAUCGAGCGAAAAAAAUCUACAGUAUCCCCAAAUUGCUCAUUUUCAGUCUCCCGGACCUCCGUGUUAUUCUGGUGAAUUCGAAAGUGGAACGAAAUACGGCUCGAAUGGUCCAAACAGUCAAAGAGCGACUGAAAAAUUCCCAGAAGUGACUGAUGCGAUGUUCGGAUCGAUUGAUGCCAUCUCGUUGGAAGCCGCCAAAAUUCUACAUCGUCCGUUGUUGGAGGAGAAUGGAGGAGGCGAUGUUCAGGAAAACGGUUUGGGACCAUUCGGCGGCAGCAGUAUGGUCGAACAGGACCAUCACUCUCUUCAGCCAACACGCACCGGAUCCGUCCGCUCAUCGUCACUAUCGUCGUACGUGGGCGGUGGGAAGCGCAACUCAUCGGCAUCGGUGAUCUCGGCGACGUCGGAGAAGGGAGGAGAGCAAUCGGAUACGUUCAGCAAGCUUAAUGACCUGUGCCGAAUAAACAAUCAGCUGCUGAUCGCGCUGGGCGUCGGGCAUCCGAAAGUUGAUUUGAUUUGUACGACACUCGCCCGGUACGGUAUUCAUCCCAAAAUGACGGGCGCCGGCGGUGGUGGAUCGGUGUUCGCGUUCUUGAAACCAAACACGCCCCAAACGCUGCUCGAUAUGAUUGACGGUGAGCUACGCAGUCACGGUUUCGAAGUGUGGCAACCACCACUCGGCGGACCAGGAGUCGUCGAACAUCAGACCCGUCCCGAGCUAUUCCAAACGCCCGUCUCAUCGACUCAGUGCUCAACACCAGCGUCCAAACAUAAAUGA